GCUCCUACUUAACCUUCCAGCCAAUCAUCAUCUAGAAUUCAGAGUCACUCUCGACCGGGCUACGCGCCCUGGAUCAACUCACUCCCGCAGACCCCAAAUCCGGGAGAAACUGGUACCCUUAGUCGCCAGCAUGUUUUUGGCCCCGAGGAGACUCUGCUCCCUUGGUAGUGGAGCAAAAUUUCUAAAGACAAUUCGUUCUUCAAAAUUCCUGGGAUGCUCUACUUAUGGUAAAAUGUCUUCUAAAUUGAAAAAUGCAAAACGCAUCGAAGGACUUGACAGCAGUGUAUGGACUGAAUUUACCAAGUUGGCUGCAGAUCCUUCUGUGGUGAAUCUUGGCCAAGGUCUUCCAGAUAUAUCGCCUCCAACAUACGUAAAAGAAGAAUUAUCAAAGAUUGCGUUAGUAGAUAACCUGAAUCAGUACACGCGGGGCUUCGGUCAUCCAUCACUUGUGAAAGCCCUGUCCUGCUUGUAUGAAAAAUUUUAUCCAAAGAAAAUCGACCCAAAUAAGGAAAUCGUUGUGACAGUAGGAGCAUAUGGAUCUCUUUAUAAUGUCAUUCAAGGACUGGUUGAUGAAGGAGAUGAAGUCAUAAUAAUGGUGCCUUACUACGACUGCUAUGAGCCCAUGGUGCGAAUGGCUGGAGCAACACCUGUUUUUAUCCCCCUGAGACCCAAAUAUGUUGCUGGAAAAAAAUGGUCCAGUUCUGACUGGAUAUUAGAUCCGCAAGAACUCGAAAGCAAAUUUAAUUCUAAAACCAAAGCCAUCAUACUGAAUACUCCACACAACCCCCUUGGCAAGGUGUAUACGAAAGAAGAACUCCAACUCAUUGCUGACCUUUGCAUCAAAUAUGACGUACUCUGUAUCAGCGACGAGGUUUAUGAGUGGCUUGUGUACACCGGAAAUAAGCAUUUUAAAAUAGCCACUUUUCCAGGUAUGUGGGAGCGAACAGUAACCAUAGGAAGCGCGGGGAAGACAUUCAGUGUGACUGGCUGGAAGCUUGGCUGGACCAUUGGUCCUAACCAUUUGAUAAGACCUAUACAGAUCGUGCAGCAGAACACAGUUUAUACUUGUGCAACUCCUUUACAGGAAGCCUUGGCUCAAGCUCUCUGGGUUGACAUCAAGCGAAUGAAUGACCCAGAGUGUUACUUUAAUUCUCUGCCAAAAGAACUGGAAGUAAAGAGAGAUCGGAUAGUUCGUUUACUUGAAAGUGUUGGCCUGAAACCCAUAGCUCCUGAUGGAGGGUACUUCGUCAUUGCUGAUGUCUCUUCACUAGAUGUUGACCUCUCUGACAUGAAGACCAAUGAGCCCUAUGACUAUAAAUUUGUGAAAUGGAUGACUAAAAAUAAGAAACUAUCAGCCAUCCCAGUGUCAGCAUUCUGUGACUCAGAGACUAAAUCACAGUUCGAGAAGCUUGUGCGCUUUUGCUUCAUUAAAAAAGACAGUACAUUGGAUGCUGCUGAAGAAAUCAUCAAGGCCUGGAUCAGAUAGAGAUCUUGAGACGUGCAGAAUAUGGACUGGCCACUAGAUGGCCUAAAUGGCUUGUAACUCAGUGCUGCCACCUGCUGGAUAUUGAACAACAAUUAAUUCAAUACAAGCAAAUUUAAGUAACUAUCCGAGUAAUUUUUCUGGUUAACCUCACUGCUGAUAAUCUUUAUGGAAUUUGACUUUUUUUUUAGGUGAAAUGUAUUAAAUGUCUCACCUUCCCCUGAGACAUUGAUGUUUUUGAAUGAUGAAUGUACUUAAAACCGCAGGUUCUAUGCCCAGCACCACAGUGGAAAAAUGAAACAUUUCUCAUUUUAUAAAACCAUAGCAAUAAUAGAUAAGAACUGGGAGAAGCUUAACCUCUGUGAUUCAGUUUCCAAGUUAUAAAUGGAGAUUUCACAUAGCACUGCUUCAUAUGAAGGUGGUCUGGGAGGAUGAACAGCCUAAUCUUUGUAAAGCCUGGUAAAUAAUAAACACUCACAGGAGGUCAGCCAGUUUCACUUUUGCUCCACUGUGUACAAACUGCUAACCAGUUACAACCCUCUGUCCCACAUGUUCUCUUUACCUUUGUAAUAGUAGAUCCCUGCCCUUCAUAAUCAGUGGCCUUGAACUUGUCUCUGGAUUUUGCCUCUCUGUUCCAAGUACUGCCAUUAUUUGGGUGGCUGCAAAGUGCACAGGAGCAACCAUAGACCUUGACCUCAGCGUUUGGUGAUGUUCACCUUCAGUGUGCUGCAGCCACCCACUCCCUGGGCACACCCUGAGGCUUUCAUCAUUCAGGGCUGUGUCACUUUGAGGUAAUAAAGUCAUCAUCUCAUGCUAUA